AUGGCUUCUUCUGCUCCCAAACGAUUCGUGCCCCUGAAGCAGGGGGCUCAUCAGUUACCCGCUGAAACCCCCAAGCUCAGGGGCGUCGUAUUUGAUAUGGACGGUACGCUUUGUAUUCCUCAAACCUACAUGUUCGGCGAGAUGAGAGCCGCACUUGGUAUUACCAAGGGAGUCGACAUUCUCGAACACAUCGAUGCACUUCCAGAUCACCAGAAACCAGCUGCCAUCGAGUCCAUCCGAUCCAUCGAGCGCAAAGCCAUGGAGUCGCAGACGCCCCAGCCGGGCCUCAUGAUCCUCAUGUCCUACCUCGACUCCAAGGGCAUCCCCAAGGCCAUCUGCACUCGCAACUUCGACGUCCCAGUCCAAAACCUGCUUGACAAGUUUCUUGAAGGUACCAAGUUCCACCCCGUCAUCACACGCGAGUUUCGUCCACCGAAGCCAUCCCCUGCAGGUAUCCUGCACAUCGCCAAGAACUGGGGAUUUGAGGACCACGCCGGUACUGUGGAUGCCACUGGACUCAUUAUGGUGGGAGACUCGAUUGAUGACAUGACGGCGGGCAGGAGUGCGGGCGCAGCCACGGUCUUGUUGGUGAAUGACGUGAACCGAGAGCUGGCGGAGCAUGCGCACACAGACUUGGUGAUCCGUACGCUGGAUGAACUGGUUGAUAUUCUGGAGCAUGGGUUCGUGGGACGAAAUGUCAACUAG